UCCACUGACAAUCGCUGAAUGUAUUGAUCGCACGAAGACUCAGAAUUCCACAUGUAUGUAUUUUACAAUUAUUUUGGGGUCACGGCUUUCCGUCCCUCCGGAGAACUGUUGCAAAUCCUGCGUGUGUCUCUCCAUUUUCAUGUCCCCAUAUGCCGGAGGUUGAGUCCUACUUGCAUGGUGGACGUGAUUUCAACGAGGAAUUUCUGGACUUCAGAAGGGUUUGGAAGUUUUGUGUGACCGAGGCAUUCUGCGUGCUUUAUACAGGGAGUUGUUGGGCUUUUAGUUCGAAGUGGAUUGUGGAUUCUUCAUUGGGAGGCCAAGUGGAGCUGCGAUGGCGUCGUCGUGGCCGUCUCCUUCACUGUUGGCGAAGGUGAAGAAGGAAGUGGCAUCCAUGGCAACAGCCGAAGACAAGGAUGUGAGGGUAGCAGUGUCGCCCUAUCGCAUAUGUCCCUUAGGUGCCCACAUUGAUCACCAGGGUGGUUCUGUGACAGCCAUGGCAAUAAGUCAAGGUGUUCUGCUGGGAUUUGUACCCUCUGGAAAUCUGGAGAUGCGCCUUCUGUCUGGUCAAUUUUUUGGGGAAGUCCGAUUCAGUCUUGACAGCGUUCCCCCAAAGAAGUACAAUGAUGGGGCUUCUAACAUUAAAACCGACGAGUACUCUAUGGAAGAAGGUGCAUGGGGCAACUUUUCUCGGGGUGCGGUUCUAGCCCUUCAAAAGAAAGGGUACAAACUAUCUCAGGGGAUUACAGGAUUUUUGGAAGGAUCGGCAGGGUUUGAAGGAUGUGGUGUCAGUUCCUCAGCUGCUGUUGGAGUUGCUUUCUUACUAGCUCUGGAAAGUGCAAACGGACUGAAAGUCACUGCAGAGGAUAACAUUGAGCUGGACAGGUUGUUCCUCUCCUGCUUGGAUUCUGGGCUUACCAUCGAUUUGAAAUGUGUAAUCCUUCAGAACGGUUUAUGGCUCGACUUCAAAAUGACAUUGAAACUUAUCAAAAUUAGAUUGAUUGAAAAUGAGUAUCUGGGCCUGAAGAAUGGAAUAUUAGACCAAUCAGCAAUAUUGUUGUCACAGCGCCACUCUCUCACUGCCAUUCAUUGCGAGAGAAGAAUGUACGAGUUGGUUCAACCACCGUGGUAUGGGAAGAAUGAGGGUGAUUACAAGAUUCUUCUGGCUUUCUCUGGCCUACAGCAUGCGCUUUCAAGUAAACCAGGGUACAAUUUACGAGUAGCUGAGUGUCAAGAGGCCGCAACAGUUCUGCUUAGAGCUGUUGGUCGAGGAGAUUGUGAACCUCUGCUAUGCAAUGUUUCUGUGGACGAGUACGAAGCUCAUAAAGAUUUGUUGGAAGGAGAACUUGCCAAGCGAGCUUUACACUUCUUUUCUGAGAACGCUAGAGUAUUUGCAGGGAUUGAUGCUUGGUCUCAAGGAAACCUACCUGAAUUUGGUCGGCUGAUAUCACAAUCAGGCUUGAGUUCAAUCCAUAAUUAUGAAUGUGGUUGCGAACCAUUGGUGCAGUUACGUGACAUCCUUGCACAGGCUCCUGGGGUGUAUGGUGCACGUUUCAGUGGAGCUGGUUUUCGAGGGUGCUGUGUGGCACUUGUGGCAACAGAUUUGGCAGGGGAAGCUGAAAAGUAUGUGCGUGCUAAGUAUCUCAAUGCUCAACCUGAUCUUGCGAAGCGACUCACCACAGCCACCUUCGUCUGCGAUUCAGCUGAUCACGCGCAUGUUGUGUGAAUUGAAACGGACCAUGUUUGCAUAAUUCCUUCUGGGGCCUUGAACGGGAGCAGUAACAUAGCCCACAAAGAGAAGAGUGCCCAUGCUGAACAUGAAAAUGGAGUUUGAUGAUGAAUUUUCUGUUCGUUCACCCUAUUGCCAAUUACACAAAACCCUUGCAUGCAGAUUGGAACGGAAGUAUGGUAGAAAGGAAAAUACUCAGUUUCAACAUUGAAAAUGUAAAAUUCCUUUCACAUAUUGAAACCAACUUUCAUGGGUCAUCUAUGGUUUUAAA